AUGGUCCGGCCUUAUGCCAUCCUCACUGUCCAUUAUCCAUCCGGUCGUCCCGUCGCGCUGCCUCUCCCCAUUGCUCCUAUUUCCCAGCCAUUCCCCUCCCAGCCCUCACCUCACCCCAUCUUCCCCUGCAUCGCCUAUCAAUCCUCCACCGCCCUCGCUUCUGCCUCUUGUUAUUCCAAUCCUUGUUCGCCCCACGUCCUUCUUCCUCUCCCCAUCGCCACUGCUCCGCGCAGGCAUCCCCCUUCGCACCCCUCGCUCCUUUCCCAGCCAUCGCCUUUCUCCCAUCUGGCAGCCUCAUCGGCGGUCUCCCUGCUGCUCUCCUCUCCCAUGUAUGCGUCCCCUCGCCUUUUUGUAGCUUCUCCUCUUCUUGCGCGCGCUCUGUCUCCCCUCGCCUCUCGCUGCCUUUACUCCCCUCUCAUGUGCUGCCCAGUUCCCACAAUCCCGCCCCUCUACACCUUUGCACCUCGCCCUUUGCUGUCCGCAUGUGCUGUCCUGUGCUUCCCGUACCCGAUUCUCCUUCCUUCCACUCCCCGUCCUUCUCCCUUCCACUCCCCGUCCUUCUCCCUUCCACUCCCCGCCCUUCUCCCUUCCACUCCCCGCCCUUCUCCCUUCCACUCCCCGCCCUUCUCCCUUCCACUCCCCGCCCUUCUCCCUUCCACUCCCCGCCCUUCUCCCUUCCACUCCCCGCCCUUCUCCCUUCCACUCCCCGCCCUUCUCCCUUCCACUCCCCGCCCUUCUCCCUUCCACUCCCCGCCCUUCUCCCUUCCACUCCCCGCCCUUCUCCCUUCCACUCCCCGCCCUUCUCCCUUCCACUCCCCGCCCUUCUCCCUUCCACUCCCCGCCCUUCUCCCUUCCACUCCCCGCCCUUCUCCCUUCCACUCCCCCUUCUCCUUCCUCCCGCCCUUCUCCCUUCCACUGUCGUCGCACGACUCACCUCCUCUCUUCCCACCCCGUCUCACCUCGCAGCUGGCGUGUCUGAAACACGCCAAGUAA